GCUGGUUUAAAAGCAAGACCUGGCCGCUGCAGCAGCUCAGUCUAGUACUAUAUCCUUCGUGGCCACGACACGCGACCCAUGUGACGUAAAAACACUUUAAAUCCCAAGUGCCAAGUGCCGAGUGAACAAACAAAAAAAAAAACACCAUCUUCGCCGACUGCCUCUGCGACAUAGUGUGAAUAAAACUAAAUCAAAAGACCAGUGCAACAGUGCAUCAGUUCUCGGUAAAGCAAAAAAUAAACCUUAAAGCAAAUAUCAACAGACCGAAUAAAAAUAAGCAUAAACAAAAACCAAAAACCCAGAAACGAAAACGAAGCUGAGAAAAAACACCAAAACGAAAUUUAAACGCCUGAAUAUUAAUCAAAGAGAGCGAGCUGAAAACGUGAACCGGAUCCAGUCCUAGACAACUUAUCACAGAGGAUUUACACAGACAGGCACACAGACAGACACUGAGGGGCAGCAGGACACGAAUGCGAGUACAGAGCAAAAGGCAGCGCUAAUCAACGGCCAAAGCAGACGACAUCCUUGCCGGCUGGGCACGCCCACAAAGCAAGGAGCCACAGCUUCACGAAAACAGGAGCAGGAGCCGCCUCAUUUGGCCACUGCGGAUUAUGUUAACCCUCUAAGACAUUUUAAGCACGCGACGACAGCCACUGCGACGGGGGAGUGGUUCUCCCAUUGUAAUGUGACAACAGUUGGGCCAAAACAUAAAAAUACAAGACAAAAAAGUAGGAAAAAAAAAACAGUCAACAACAGGAGUGGAAGGAAUGCUUGCUUUUUAAUUGACAUUUGCUCGAGUUGAGUUGCGUUUUGUUCAACAGCAAUUAGCCGGCCAAUGAAAGCGGAACUCGCUGGGAAAAAAUAUUCAAAUCCAAACACAAAAGCGCACAAUUAAAAUUGUAAAACAAUUCCAAAACGCUAGCUACGCUCCCAAAUAGAAUGAUCAAGUUGAUUUAAUUAAAAAUUCUGCGACUCGGCCCCGUGGGGUAUGCAAUGAAAUUUUAACAAGCUCGAGCAAUGGCCGCCGGUCGACCGGAAACGCAGCCAUUGCCCUCGGACGACAUCCGCCGCUGACACUUGUCACAUGUUUGGCCAAAAAGGCGAGAUGCGCACGUGACGUCCCAGAAAACAGUCAAUGAACGAGCGGAUGAAACGAGGAAAUGAAUGAGUCAGAGUCCUUCCAACAGCAACAGCAGCGAAUGGCCAUAUUCAAAAUUGAACGUUAAACGUUCGCACGUACCGAGCAUAAAUUCCAAGUGAAAUAAAAGGCAUUCUCGAGCGAGAAGCAGAAAACCCUACCUCCCAAUUUAUACAAAAAAGGAACACAAGGAAAAACCAAAAAGCGAAAAAUAAUAGUAGACGGGAAAAACUGGGGCAAAAAUGGUGAAAAUCGUGAAUAACCAACACUGUGAUCUAGGCCUGGCCCUGCUUUUGGCCUGGACAUUGCUAACGGGUACGGGGGUGUUAGCUGACAGCACCACCGCAGUCCGAGCGGCUGCCGAACGUGAGGAACAGCAAUUAUCCCUGCAGGAUGUGGGUCUCAGCUACCAGAGUAUCCACCGAAUGCUCAGGGACGAAAACGAACCGGCAAGCUUUCGGGGGGAACUGCGUUACCAGCAAAAGCGCCACAAAAGGGAGCUGGAGUUAAAUGCCCCGGCCAACAAGCUGAACCUCACUCACCGGGAUCUGAGGACCUUCAACAGCAGUGAUGGUCAGUGGAAGGGCGAUUUGCAGGUGAUCACAGCCAUGGAUCUCAGCAGCAAUCGGCUGAGCAGCCUGAGUUUGGACAACUUUAAGCAAUUACAACAACUGGAUUUGAGCAACAAUUCCCUGAAGGAAAUCCCCCUCAGCUUGAUGGACAACAGUAACAGUCUGCCUUUGGUGACACUCGACUUAUCCUGCAAUAAGUUCAGGCAGCUUUCUUCUAGUUUCUUCUCCGAGCGCCUGCCGCAGCUCAAGAACCUAAAUCUGGCCCACAAUCAGCUCAUAAAUAUAUCCAGAGAAUCCUUCUACAACUUGCUGGAGUUGCAGACUUUAAUUUUGAACCACAACAAUAUUUCGGAGAUCGACUACGAGACUUUCCUGGCUCUGCCCAAUCUGCAGCAUUUGGAUUUAUCGCACAAUUAUCUGAGUGGCUCUGCGAUACGAGCUCUGCAGGGAAUCCCUGAUCUGGUCAGCCUUUCGAUUGCCUACAAUCCGGAGGUAGGUGGGGCAAUGCAGGAGUUUGUCGCCUCCUGGAGUCUCAAGGAGCUGGACGCUAGCGGCACAGGACUCUGCCAGGUGCCAGCAGCACUUGCCCAAUCAGUGAGGACCCUCAAACUAUCUGACAACUGGCUGCGGGCCAUCAACUGCGGGGACAUGGACAGCUAUCCUCUGUUGCAGUACCUGGACCUUUCCCACUCUCGCAUUGCCCACGUGGAAGACGACGCCCUAGGUCGGUUGGAGCUCCUGGAGUCCUUGUUUUUGGAUCACAACCUCUUGAUGCGAGUGCCCAGCAGCUUGCCCCCCUCGCUAGAGCAUCUCUUCCUGCAGCACAACCAAAUAAUGGAGCUUCCGCCCCAGGCCUUCGUGGGUCUGGUGAACCUGCAGACCCUGGACCUCUCCGGCAAUCGUUUGAUUUUCCUGCCCGCCCUCGCGCUACCCAAGCUGCUCACCCUGAACCUCCAGUCCUCGGGAGUGGAGAGUGUGAGUCAAUCGAUAGUUCACACACUGCCCCAGUUGCGAGACCUGCUCCUGGAGGACAAUCCCAUCCGAUGCAGCGACUUGCUCGGCAUCGCCGAAUGGGCAAGUCCUUGCCGGUCGGUGCAAAUGGAAGUGGGUCAGUCGAGUCCUGUGCGCAGCGGAGGACUGGAUCUGAAAUCUGAGUAUUUGCAGUUCCAUGACUUUUAUGAGAACUUCCCUGGCAGUGGCAGAAAGUGUGAGGAAAUAAGGUCUGCGAAUGACACAAAGCCACCCAGCUGCACCCUAACAAGUGUCACUGCGACUUCCACGCCAAAAGCUCUGCCAAAAGCGAAAAAGUCAAAGGCAAAAAGUGCAGAAGCAACCACUGAAGCAGUUAUUGCUUCAAAAAACGACAAAGUUGAAGCCAUAACAACAUCAGCAGAAACAUCUACUGAAACAGCAGCAACAGCAACCCAAUCAGCUGGCAACACCGCCACCGUCCAGUCAACCGCAAAAACUUUGCGGCCAACAGCAACAACUUCGUUAGACCAAUUGCAGAGGCAAGAGCCAAAACAAACCACAGCAACAACAAGAACACAACCGAAGAGCCAGCUAAAUUUGGUUGGGGAAAAAUCAACAUCAACGGUUCCCAUUUUGGCAGCAGUAGCAACAGCAGCACCAACAACAGAAACACAUGAAACCCCAACAACAGCAAUAAAUUCCAGCCAAACCGAACAACUUACAAUGCCAACGAACAUUAGCGAUGGGGCAAAAACAACAACAGCGCCAGCAACAACAGCAACUGCAAUUAAAGUGCCACAAAAAAUUUCUCAGGUCGGCAAAAAAUCUGACAAAAUGCCAGACGAAAAGGCACAGGAGACUUUAUUAAAAUACCCAACAGAAAAGGCAACAGCAACGGCAACACCACCGCACAAACAUACAACAUUGCAGCUGCAUGUAAAGGAUCGCCAUCUAAUUGGCACACCGUUGCUGAUGCACAAGGGCGAUGUCCUUUUGGUGGACGCUGAGCAGUUGUUGCUGCCAGGAACGGCCACGGUGGCGGAUGCCGAGACGGAAGCGGAUUUCCUGGACAAGAGCCAAAAGAAGGAAAAGCUACUGUUAGCGACUGAUAAGCGGCAGCCGGAAGCUAUAACUGGCGACACAAAGUCGCCGAGCAAAAGCCACAAAAAGAAGCCAUCGCUGAGUAUCAAGAAAAUGACCUACAGCACCAAGCAUGCAGUUAAAACCUUAGCCACGACAGCAGCAGGUCCUGCGGCAACAUCCAGCCUGCCGCACGAGCAGCAACCGCAUCAGCACAGCAGUGUGAAUACGCCUAGAGAUUCGGCAUCACAGGAAGAGUUCAGUACGUUUGCUCAGCUUAAAGCCUAUGUAGAACUGAAAACCGAGUCCAAGCCCGAACACCUGAUGGAUCAGCGUCAAGAAACUCUGCACAACAUGUCCGGUAGUCAUCCUGGGGUCAUGUUGCUGGUCGCCUGCAUCCUGGUAAUAGUUCUGCUGGCCGGAUUGGCUCACGUGUAUCGUUGCGAGUUGCCGUGGCAGCGGGGCAACCGGUCCGGACAAUUACGUCCGCAUCAUCAGAGGCAUCAGUUAACCGAGAGUGAUGAUGUGCACAGCUUCCUGCACUAUCAGGGAUCCGUCAACUCUAAUUCGACGGAUCCGGCCCGCCUGCAAAAGUGGCAUCACAGCACUCGAAGAGAGGCGCCCUACAGCUCGCCGUUGCACAAUCUGCAGGCCCGCGAACUGCAGCAACAGCAGAGGUGCCACCAAUUCUACAGCGCGUCGCUAGCAGGAAGCAAUGCCUCCACCAACGCCUCCACAUCCUCUUCCUCGUCCGGAAGUAGCAGUCGAACAAGCCUGCACUCCCCUAGCCGCGAGGAUAGCUACUACAUUGAGAUGGCGCCCAGCAGUCCGCCACCAGGAGUCGUUUCCAGCCUGCCCAUGGAGCUUUUGGGCGGCAGGGGCGGAGUCUCCGGUUGCCGGGCAGACCGGAUGGCUGCCACCGAUCUGGGUGGCACCACCGGCGGAGUACCUUCUGGACCUUCAUCCACUGCAGCUAUUAAGUCGGUGAGCAGCAGGCUGAUGGCUCCCAGUUCCCGAAAACUGGGCAUCUGGUGACAAACCGUCUUUGGUCAGCGACAAUAUGCGCCCUUCCAGUAGAGAACAAAAUUAGGAUAACAUAGAGUAGGGCCCGCUCUAAUACCGACAACUGCCAACUAAGUAAAAAGUAUAGUUUCUACAUUGUUUUCAAUUAUUUUUAUUUUACGGUAAAGAUACAAAUAUUUAGCUUCCACUCUCAGAAAUAAAAUAAUAUUAACUAUCAACGCCUUUCUCAAAAAGCCAAAGAACGACAAUCAAAAAUUGGAAAUGGGCUAAGAAACAACAAACUAACUUUUUUCGAAUGAAACUUUUCAAAAACUUCAACAGCAAUCCAACUGAGAACUUGGCGAAAUAUAUUCCCGUAUCUUAUGUAUUUCAGUAAGUCAGGCCGAGCAUUACAUAUAUUAUUUGGAGUUGGCUCCUGGCUUGAUUUAUGAUGCCACGCCGCCCACACGUUGCAAGCCUCUUAGCGUCUCGGUUGGCAGCAACAAUUUGUCAUAAAUGGCUUUUAGAUAUACGAGUGUAUAGAGGGAAGGGCAGACAAGCAGCCAAAUGCCAAAUAGCCAACGCCGGCAAAGUUUUACGAGCAAACCAGGCCAGGCCAGGAGCCAGGGCCAGUGUCCAUCUUGUGGUCGUAUUUGGGUCAGUUUACUGGCGGGCAGUGCCCGUUAACUUUAUAUAAGUGCCUGUCCGGUUGGCAAGAUUAAGUGUUUCGAUAGUCAUGCAUAUAAAAAUGAAAUAUCGAUCAAGUAUUAAAUAACAAUUUAGUUUAUGACAGGCUCAAUUCAGUAAUCAGAAAGAAGUUGGCUAGCUGAUGAUGCUGACUAAGGCGGAUGAGUGUCUACGAUUGGUUCUCCAGUCUCAAUAUAAAUUCAAUAUCUUUAUCCUUUGGUGUCCUGCCGUCCACUUGCUGUUAAUUCGAUGCUUGACUGCAUCUGAACCCAGUUCUGUCAGCUGCUUGAGAUUCCCCGAGUUAAAAUUGCAAUCUAAUUAAAGUUUCGCCCCUGUGCUUUUGUGAAAUUCCACCCAAAACUCUCACCCUCCGGCAUCUGCACAGCAUACUUUAAAGGAGGGGAAGCAGCCACCCUCAUCCCGAAUAAGCCCGCACUUAACCUCGUUUUACAAAUUGACCGACACAACAUAUGGUGUAAAUCCAACCAAUCGGCCAGACAUCUAAUCUGCCACGCCAAAAGUGAAAUGUUGUAAAACUAUUUGGGAUGGCCCGACCCACACACAACACAGAUACAAGUAUCUAAAGGCAUCAAAAUAAUGUGGCAGCAAAUCAAAUUACAGGACACGCGGCUGGCUCUAUUUUUAGGGGGGUGAAAAUGGGGCAGGAAUCGGACAAAGGACGACGUCUUGAGCGACCAGAGAACACAACAAUUACAUUAAGACGCGAUAAAAAGUUGUGCAACAAUCUUCCGACCCCGACCGCUUAACGAAACUAAACCGAACUGAAGAUGCCACUGCCACUACCACCACCGACACCACCAACACCACCACCCCCGUUGGAACCACAGUCAUUGCACAGCUUUUUCAACUUUUUGUGGCUUUGUAAUUGGAAUACAAGACGAGGGCGCGUGCACACGAGCAGCGACAGCAACAGGAAACAGAGAAAGCUAGCUUUCGGAAAGGGUGCACUUGGAAAAAUACUUUAGGAACACAACUUUCUAGAUUUGUUUCAUAUUAUAUAUUGUUUCAUAUGCUUCAAGUCCGUAACACAUUUCUCCCAGUGCAGAUAGAUACAAGCCUGUAUAAGAGGCGUUCAUGCGGAGUGCGCUUAAGCAAUUCAGAAGGAUUUAUUUUCAGCCACAAAAGCGAAAUGCCCCACAAAACGCUCCGAACAACAAUUAAAGUAAUGCUGACCAACCGUCUAGGCCCGAUUGGGUGGGAUUAGAUGCUGGGGGCUGGCAGGGAGUCCCUGGAUUCAAUGGCCUCUCUCCUCUCCACUCGAGUGGAGUCUGAUGCCAAAACGCACAAAAUCUUAAUUAAGGAACUUCCAAGUGGGCAAGUGUCGGCAGCAGGGACAGCCCGGCGAAGGACGAAGGGGAAACGUUUUUUGAGAGUUUCAGGGCAAUGGGCAUCCUUUAUACUUUUUAUUUUGGUUUGCCAGCACAGCACAAAAUUCGCCUACAAAAGAAACCGGACCUAAAAGUCCGGUCCGGUUUAGUCCUGGAGCAUUGUCAAAUUUAAUGAAGGUUUCCAAGGACUUUUUGCUUAUGACACUGACCAGCUGGCCAAGAUUUAGGAAGUUUCCCAGAAAAGGAAAGGCAACUCAAAUGAGUUAAUUCGAUAUUUGACACUUUCCGAGCGCAUUCCGCACAAUCUCGAUGGUAUGUGAUGGGAUGGAUACGAGGACCCAGACUCUGGGACUUUGGUCUUUGGACUUUUGUCUCCCAGCGCAGUUAAUAAAGUUGGUCCUGGCCAGGACGUAAUUAUUUGCCUGCUAAAUGGAUUUUGGACGACAUUUCGGGACCGUAAAUGGGGGCGAUUUAGAAAAUUAUGUGAAAAUAAGUUGCCAUUGUUUGGCCAUUGGCCGUUGGCAGUUGGCAGUUGGCGGUUGGCGGUUGUUUUGGGCCGUAAAUAACGGCUCAUAAUUGGGCGGACUCUAGGAAUUACCGGCUCUGGGAAGGAGUAGGAGAGGAUAGAAAACAGAACUCGAAAUAGGCAACUCGGCCGUAUGGAUAGCAAACAAUAAUUAAACUUAAUUGCUCUGUAUAUUGAAUCGUAAAAACUGUAAAUUAUAGUUAAUAGCAAUUACUUGUAGCGAUGUUUACUUAAACUCAAAUUUCAAUUUCCAUAGAAAUCGUAUAUAUUUAAAAUUUACCAACCAAAAAACGUAAGAAAACAAAAAACAAAAUACCUAAAGUAAAAUAGAACGACGCGGAUGCCGGACAACGCAAUUCGAGUAACGUUAAUAUUUGCAUUUAAUUUGUCGAAAAUCAAAGUAAAAUGCGAUAAAAACCCACAAUAACAACAAAAACUAAUUGCCAAAUAUUUGACGUACAGUUUGUAGCGUUAGCCUAAAGUCUAUAUAUAUAAAUACAUAUACGUUUACCGAUAUAUACAGAACAAAAAUGACAAAAGCGAGACACAUUGUGGCACAAAGCCGAGCAAAUAAUUAUUAAACAAAUACUUCUAUUUACAAAAACGCAGCAAAUAUUUAGUUAAGCCAAAAUGCCGGCAACAUUCAGUAUUUUAAUUAAACAACGGGCGACUAUUUCAGCAAAAACUGAAUUCCCCGAAAGUAAAAAAAGACAUCCCAUAAGUAAAAUUAAACAAUAGGUACAACAUAAUUUUCCAUGUGUAUUUGUAAAUAGAAAACCAAAACUGAUUGUGAAAAUAUAGGAAAUAAAAAUACAUAUAAAAAUAUCGCUGAGCACAAGCCAGCAAGCAAACAAACAAUAUUUGUGUGGUAGCUGUUCAAAAUGAAAUAUUUGCCAGAGAGGCAGUUCGAUAUACACAUAUUAAUGUUAGGAUUAGUUCUGCCAAAUGGGUUGAUGAAGGAAACUAAGGUAUAUAUUUGAAAAUUAAAGUAAAGUAGAGGUAAGAGGAAUGUAUUAUUGGUAUAGAAAUUAUGGAUAGCAAUUAAAGUGUAAAGACAAAAGAGUAAACAUUUUAUGAAAUCUUCUCGAAAACAAACACAAUUUUAAUGCAAACCAAAUAUUGAGCAAAAUGUGAAAAUAAUAAAAUUGAAAACUUUAAUUUGAAAGGUAAAUGCACUGUUCAUUUUUGCACUUUUAAAGCGGAUUAAGGUAAGGUUAUGUUUAUUUAAAAUAAAAUAUUAAACUGAAGUAAGUAAAACGGCGUUUGAUAAAUUUUAUUAAUAAUAUUAUAAAAUAUAUUGAUUUCACUUUUAUAUCCCACCAA